UUGCAAAAAAUGCAUGCCUACCUUAUUAGAUUAAGUAAUGUAAAAAUUUUUACUUUAGAAUUAUUAGUAGUGAAUCCACAGUGGAUCAAGGUUGUGCAAGGAGCGAGGUUUCAUGUCGUUCCACCAUUUCUCCUUCUUCGGUCUCUGUGCCUUGCACAGAGCCCCCAGCCGCGCCAUGUUGGGACAGAGCAUCCAGAGGUUCACAGCCUCUGUGGUCCAUAGGAGCCACUAUGAGGAGGGCCCAGGGAAGAAUUUGCCACUUUCAGUGGAAAACAACUGGAGGUUGCUAGCUAUGAUGACCUUGUAUCUGGGAUCUGGCUUUGCUGCCCCUUUCUUCAUAGUACGGCACCAACUGCUUAAGAAAUAAGGAUGUUUUAGGUCAUCCAUUUAACAGAUAACAGCAUUUCAAGAGGUGCAGUCUCUGGAAAAUGGAUCAAACUCUUGAACUCACAGCAUACUAGAUAUGUUUAUAAAUAAACUUACGACUUGAAUGCUGAA